UUAUUUUAAAUAUGGCCUUCUUCAUUACAGAAGCAACAAAUCAGAAGAAAGACACUGCUAGCAAGAAGAACAAACCGAGGAAUGAGGAUCUGGUUGAUCCAGAUGAUUACAUGCCGAAGAGAUUUGGGCUCAAAUAUGAUCCUCCUACUAUAGUACUGGAAUAUAUGGUAAUGUCUCUGGGAAAGCUCUAUCACCACAAAAUGAAAUUACUGCGGCUUACUCCUGAAUCGGAUAUCAACGAGAUGAUAGAUUAUUUGUACAGCAGACAUUCUUUCUAUCUCAAAGAGUCAGUGGUCAGCCGUCAACAAUUAGCCAAUUUAGUGAUUAGGUUGCAGAAAAGGUUAGAAUUAAGAGGAAAAGCAAGCACUAUCAAAGAAAAUAAGGCGCCUUCGAAGCCAGCUCCAAUGAAGAUGGAUCCAAUCAAGAAAUCUCCGGUUAAGCAGCCUGAGCCUGUGCAGACAAUAAAGCAAAAUGAUCAAGUUCCUUCUUCAUACCUUCCUUCGGUGAGUCAGAAGAAGCCAGCUCCAGCCAGCAAUGACUGGGGCGAUGACGACUGGGGAGAUGAUUGGGGAGACAACAAUAAUGACGAUGACGAAGAAAAGGAUUACGAUCAUUUCAACAUGAAUAAACUCACUACAGAAGAACUUAAGAAAGAAAAAGCAAAAAUGGACGUUGGAUUCGAGAAAAAUCAAAAGAAGCCUGGCGAAUCUGGAUUCGAAUACGAUGUUAGAAAAGAUUUCUCCGCGCCUAAGGAAGAAUGAAGUUGGGAUGAAGAUGAUGACGAUGAUGAUCUUGACGAUUACUUUGACGAUGAUUUCUAGAAUUCCUUCCAAA